AAAUUGAAUUGAAUUUUGCUGCGGUGACGUGCGUCAGAGCAGGUGACUGGCUCUCCUGUUUACACUGACACCACCCCUUCAGUCAUGGUCCUCACCAGGAAACGUGCUUCCCAUGCGAAGACUGUGGCAACCCAGACAGAGGGUCUGCUUAAUAAUGUGGCGGUUCAGGUCUCUGGCUGCCGGGAGUGCCUCAGCCUGCUGCUGCCAGGGGAGGAUGGGAAGGAUGCCACUUGUGUGCGGUGUGAGCAGCUGGAUGAGCUGCUCAACCUGGUGGUGGAGCUUAGGGAGGAGGUAGGUAGACUGCGGACCAUCAGAGAGUGCGAGCGAGAGAUUGACUGGUGGAGUGACUCUCUGCGAGAAAGGCGCAGAGAUUGCACUACCCAGACGGAGGGAACAAUGGACCCUCUCUCUCAUUGUAGUCAAACAGGGAGAGACAGCUUGAGAGAAGAUGAGGAAUGGCAGCUGGUCUCAUCCCGGCGUCGCAGGCAACCCCCAAGUUCUCGACCUACCUCGGUUCCCCUGAUCCCUCUCUGUAAUAGGUAUGAAACCCUGAAACCAGAGGGAGAGGUGACUGAUGAUAAUGUGGGAGCACUGCCGCCAAGCUUGCCUAAGGUGAGGCGAUCAGCUCCGCGUUUAAAGACUGCCUCCUCCAAGAAAGAAAGGAGAGUGGUAGUUGUAGGUGACUCUCUUCUGAGAGGAACAGAGGGUCCAAUAUGUCGGCCUGACCCUACCCGUAGGGAGGUGUGCUGCCUUCCUGCAGCCCGGGUCAGGGAUAUUUCUAGAAAACUCCCCAGCCUUAUCCACCCCUCUGAUUAUUACCCUCUAUUGAUAGUUCAGGCCGGCAGUGAUGAGAUCCCUGUUAGAAGCCUGAGGAUUAUAAAAAAUGAUUUUAGGAGACUGGGGAAGUUAGUUGAUGGAGCGGGCAUACAAGUAGUGUUUGCCAGCAUUCCCUUGGUGGCAGGGAUGAACGCUGAGAUGACCAGGAAAAGCCAUCUUAUAAAUGCAUGGAUGAGAGGCUGGUGCAAGCGUAAAAAUUUUGGAUUCUUUGAUCAUGGGGUGGUCUACUCGGCAUCUGGCCUGAGGUCUGCAGAUGGGAAUUGCUUGUCUCCAAAAGGGAGACGGAUACUUGCCCAGGAGCUGGCGGGACUUGUAGAGAGGGCUUUAAACUAGAUAGGAAGGGGGA